CGAGCUGCAGUGCUCCCUCCGGCUGCGCUAACGCACUAGAGAAAAGUAUAACGCAUCGGUUUUCCCAGCCCCGCUGCGGCCCUCAAACACGGACCAGACUCCGCACACCUCCUGCCGCGGUCCCGCGGAGAAGGAGGUGUUAGGCCGGCAUCGCCUCUCCCCGAGCGCUUUGCCGCGGGGGACGCUGGGAGGUGUAGUGCGCGCCGGGGCCUCGGCGCUCUCAGUGCGGCGGCGCCGGACUACAGCCCCACAAACCUCCGGGCGCCCCGCCACCGGCCGCGGCCUGCCGGGAGGAGAGUACCGCUCCGGAGGGCGGGAGCGGAGCGCCCAUGGGGCUUUCCCUGUCUGGCCUCGCGCCCUGACAGCAAGGCGUUUCGGCGAGGAGCCGCUCCCCGUGCGCAGGUACCGGCGGCGCUCGGCGUGUGCCGGGGCACGCGCGGCCGCUGCGGACACCCCGCGGCCAGCUGCUGCUUUCCAUUUCGGUCUCGGCUGCUUUUUCCGGAUCAGUCGGUUAAAGAGUUACCUGUGCUACAGGAUCAUCUUGACACUACCAAGAUGGAGGCAGGGGCAACAGUGGCACAGGUGCAGACGCCACGGCCACCAGAGGGGGAGCCGCCACCGGAGGUGGAUUGUUAGAAUAUGGAGGCGAAGUUGCUAAGGUUUCUUUUGAUUUGGACACACUGCUGCAGGAAGCAAAUUCCGUGGGCCAGCAUGGGCUGCCGGGACGUGCAUGCAGCAACCGUCCUGGCCUUCCUCAGUGGAACAGCCUCAGUGGCUGGGCUCCUUGCAGCGGUUCUGCUUCCGAACUGGAGGCAAAUGAGACUGUACACGUUCAACAAGAAUGAGAGGAACGUGACUGUUUACACUGGACUCUGGAUCAAGUGUGCUCGCUUUGAUGGGAGCAGAGACUGCGUGAUCUAUGACCCACAGUGGUACACUGCUGUUGAUCAGCUGGAUUUGCGUGUUCUGCAGUUUGCCCUUCCGCUGAGCAUGUUCACUGCUGUCUCAGCUCUGCUUCUCUGCUUGAUCGGCAUGUGUAACACAGCCUUUGUAUCCAGCGUGCCAAAUGUCAAAUUGGCCAAAUGCCUGGUGAACAGUGCAGGCUGCCAUCUCGUGGCUGGCCUCUUGUUCCUGCUUGCAUGUGCCAUUUGUCUCACUCCAUCGAUUUGGGUCAUUUUUUAUAACAAUUAUCUGAACAGAAAAUAUGAGCCUGUCUUUAGUUUUGACAUCUCUGUAUUCAUUGCCAUUGCCAGCGCUGGCGGUCUGUUUUUCACUUCUGUCCUGCUCUGCCUGUGGUACUGUGCAUGUAAGAGCCUACCUUCUCCUUUCUGGCAGCCCCUCUACUCCCAUGCCCCCAGCAUGCACAGCUAUUCCUCUCAGCCCUACUCUGCACGCUCUCGCCUCUCUGCCAUGGAAAUUGACAUUCCUAUUGUGACACAUGCAUCUUAAGAAGGCACAGUCUUGGAAGCCAGGUUCAUCCAGACCAUGAAAAUCAUAGACUUGAUUCUCUGUGCUGCCUUGCACUGAGCAUAAUCAUUUGUAAGGUCAAGCUUCCCAAAGUGCAAAGCAAUAGAGACCUUAGUUCAUCAAGUCUAUUCCUGUUGUCACACAUUACUUCCUGACUGACUUUUUUUGUUUUUUAACACUGAGCUCAUAAUAGACAAACUUGCUGCUAAUGCUGGCACAGUUACACUAACAGUAGUAUGCGUUUAUGCCUCUGCUUACUGAGAUCAAAGCAGGUUUGAACCUCUUUGCUAUUUGAUAAGCUGCUGUUUGAUUCUGAUCCCAUUGUAAGAGCGAUACGAGUGGUCCCUUGUACCCAUGCCUUAUCUAAAUGCAGGCAGCAGAACUGGGUGCAGGGAGUUCACUGAGUUUCUUGUUCAUAUAGACACACGGUUUAAGAUGUGGUGUCUGGAAAAGGUAUUUGGCAGACUAAAUCAAGUUCUGUAGCACUGGUUUUUGUUUUCUGCUGCACACGAAAGUUACUUAUGAACUGCUAUAAUAGAAUUAGCAUCAAACUACCUUUUUUCAAAGCAACUCUUGGAAGAAAUAAAACUGAUUUAACUAAUAAUGUUCUUCCGUAUUGUAACAGCAUUUUGUGAAUUACUGGAGACUAGAAACUUUUUUGUGAAUUUUAUUUCUAGUCUGUUUAAAAAAACAAGUGAGCAAAUUCACUAAAUCUAUUUUAUUAUUAAAACAACCCUUGUAUUUAAAAAUUCUGUUUAGAAGCUUGGAUACUUUAUCUAAAGGCCAUCUUAAAGAUGGAUUUUCAAGUAGGCUUUAAAGUGUUACCCAUUCUGGAGAGAAAUGUCACUCACUGCAAAAUGGAUUAGGAAAACCCAUGAAGAAUCCUGAAGGCUGUGAAAGAUUCUUUUGGAACACUGUACACAAGCUAUAACAACAUCUCUCUAGGAAGGGGAUUAUAACCCUGGGGAGAGAUUUUUAAAUCUAGAUAGUUCGGGUUUUUCUAAAUGUAUAUAGAAGUAACAAUGAGCUUAUGUAUCUUUCAGAGUGUAUAUUUAAGACUUCUCAUGAUGUAGCUUAUUUAAUUACUGGUUAAGACAUAUCCUUUUCAGUCUUGUUCUUCAACACAUUUCAAGUCAAGCUGCUUUAAAACCCAGUUAAUUCCUGUGCUGUCACCUUGCAACUGGAGAAAUUCCUAUUUUCUGUAAGAUGAGAUUUUGAAUGAGCUUCAUCUUGUACCUGUAAAUUCCCAACCUGGGAUAUCUUGAAGUAACUUUUUCCUUCUAAAAUGCAGGGCAAUUCAGCCCUAAGGAUCAAAGCUUUUCAGUAGAGGCUUUGAAAGAAAUUACCUGGAAAUUUGAUGACAGUGAGUUGAAGAGUGUUACAAUUAAGGCAAGUAUUUUAUUUGCUCAGAUUUUGGCCAAAUGAAAUCUUGUGUUUAUGAUGUAAUUCCAGUAAGGAAAGUUAUUUUGGAGUUUAGUGGAUAUUUGUAUUUCAUUAAUCCCAGAACAAAUUUGCUUUGCUAAAAAAAUCAGAUAAAGAGUUCUUUAAUUCCAGUUCUGCAAACUCAUUGGAGGUGCUGAAAGUUGUUCCCUUUUCUGUGCAUUAGAAAUGGGAACAAAUGCUGUGCUGGGCACAUUGCUUCUGUUACAGUCUGUGCAAUAACAGUGUGUAUUGAGAAAAAUCAUUGUGUUUCAACUGGCAAACCUCAGACUUCAGUGGACUGAGUGAGGAAGCUGAUCUCAAUUUUAAUUCCCAGCAUAGUCAGUAAAGUGACUGGUCUUUCAGGCAGAGUGCUUGGCUAAACUGCAGGGUGAGAAGUUCACAUUGUAGAGGAUAAAAGGGUACUUAAGGAGGCCAGCCUCUAAAGUUACGUGGAUUUAAUACUGUCAUAGAUUCAUAAGGUAUGAUGACAGAUGAAGUAUCUUUUUUUUCCAUGACAUCACAACUUGUAUGGGAUUAGAACAGGUAUAAUGACAGCUUUACAGGACCGCUUUUGUUUCCUUCACAAUUGAACUGUGCUUUACAGUUGCUCUGGUUGUCCAGCAUUAAAUAAUGUUGCUAUUUCAGCUGCCCAAAUCCUUGGAUGCUCUGUGAGGUCAAAGCAAAGGGACCACUGGUUUGUGGUUUUGUAUCAGCUUGUGUCUUUUUGUAUCUUUUCUUUUUUGUGCCUUGCUUAAGUUAUGAGUUGGCCAGUAAAUGUUAGUUUCCAGUCAGUGUCUGUUGUGCUUUUUGAGCAUGAAUUUACAAAGCAUUUUGAUGAUUUUUGGAGGGAUGAUGAAUACAUCUCUCGUGACUUCAAAAGGAGCUGAAUCUUCAGCAUCUCCAGAGCAGGAAAGACAACUUGACAAACUGAUGUUUUCUACAAGAAAGUAAAUGCAGGCAGUGUCUUAUUCCAUAAACUUCUAAUAGCAGAUCUCUCUGACUGCUCUUUUGUACUCUUUGAUUUUUAUGCACUAAACUUCAAUCAGUAUUUGCUGCUACCUAAGCUGAUAGCUUGUUGCUUUGAAAAUUGUGUCUUUCCAAGAGUAUGAGAUGGAUCUGCGUUACAAAAAGUGAGAAUCCAAAAGUUAGUUGGUUCUGGUGUAGGUUUCAUUUAAGGUCAUCUUUAUUCAAAAGACUGUUGCCUCAUAUUGUAUCAUGCUGGGUUUUGUUCAACAAUGCUGUUAAUGUGAGUUUCUGCCGGAUCCAAAGUGCUGUGCUGUAUUUCCUCUUGUUUACUGAAAGAGAUGUCCAACCUGUAACACUUGAGGUAGGUGCCACUCCAGUAUUUCUCUCACUAAAGUGACUGUCGUGCCCAACAGCAGGGCUGGGGAAGGACGGGCCUUCCUGGAUUUGGGGAGAAGGGCGCAUACAUCCUGAAACAAUGCUGGCAGGGAGCAGCUGCUCCUUCCUGGGCACCUCACUCUUGAGGUUUGAGCAUAGGGAGGUUUUAAUUUGUGGCUAAUGUAGUCAAAAGGUUGGGUGCUCUUGGAUUUAUGGGAAUCAAUGUUUUUUUCAAGCAAUUUCUAUCUGACUUCUUACGUUGUGUUACAGUGUUGGUUCUUUUUAUGUGAAACGGAAAAUAUGUAUUUUUAAUAAAACAGUCUCAUACAGGUACAGUUUAUUUUGAUUAAUUCGAUGGAAAACUAACUCCUAGAAAACAAAAGACCUGUUUUUAUAUUGAUUGCCAGACUAUUGCAGAUGCCUUAACAUGCUUAAAAUGUGUAUACUGGAUUUUAACUGCCUAAUUUGAUAGGACUCCUGCUUUAAACAAACAAAAAAAACCCAACAAACACCCCCCUCCAAAAAAAAACCCAAAAACCAAAAAACCCAUAACCCUUCUGCCAUCUUCAGAAAGUUUGUUAGUUAUCAUUUGCCUUUAUUUUUCUUGUAAACUAGUCCUAGGAAGUUCUAUGAUUCCUUUUCCCUUUAAACGGCAGAGUGAUUUCCCUUGAUCUAGAGGCGUGCUUUCCUCUGCCUAGGGCCAGGAUGUGGGCCAGGGACCAGGAUCUGGUUUAGCCCCUCCGCAGAACCCACCGACAGGGAAAAGAGUGCAGUCCUUACCCUGUGCCCAGAGCUCCACCUCUCCACCUCUGUGGCUCACUGUCAUUGUUCACCCAGUGCAACUUUGUAACCCUGCUGAAAACUUAACAUGCUGGGUUAGUUUUGUCUUAGACUGAUAAGAUCUGCAUUGUGUCACACUAGGAAGGUGGUAGUGGCAUUAGCUAUCCUCCUGCCCUCUCCCCUCUGUGCCAGCUGUGCUGUCAGCUGGAGAAUAUACUACUAUCUUAUGUGUAAAAAUUAUUUGGGCAUCCCAAGGACUUGUGACAGUCCAGAAUGAUGGCUCUUGGCGCUGCUUCUGGCAACUACAGCUCGGCAGAGUCAUGGUGACGAGGUACUAAGCCCUUCCCCAUUGUCACAGGGCAAAAUACAAACACUUUGAGCAUUAGAAAUGCUGAUGCCGUAGUGUAAGUUCACAAAACAACCUGGAUUAUUUAUGCAGAAUAUAAUGGGACUUGGAAGUAAUUCCUCUGUAGAUUUCUAGUAUUCCUAACUGGCAUACUAGUAAAUCAUUUUUUCAUUUGUUUGGCAAAGUAAUAUUUAUAGAAGAACAAUUCUUAUGGAGUGUGCACAGUACAAAGCAGUUGUUUCCAGUACUGCAAUUCGCUUGAGAGGCUGGAAAAAAAUACUAUAUUCACUGAUCCUGUGGGUUCAUUUCCUCCUUUGCUGUCACUUUCAGCUUCCUGUCCCCAAGAGCUGGUAUUAACUUGAGGGCUAGUUGCGUGUUGACAUAUAUACUGGAAGGCAGAGAAAUCAAUUUCUCCCAAAACAUGGAAGCACCUCAUUUUUUUAAUGCUAAAAUUCCUAAACCUACCCCAUAUAUUUUGAAAACAAAUCUCUUGGCAGAUUUUCUCCUCUUGUGUUUCGCAAGAAUUGAGUUCACAUAUGUGGUUCCACAGGUAUGUAACAUUACUUAUCUCCUUGUGUACUGACUGAACAGAGGCAGCACACCUUAGAAGCAGCAUGUUUUGUCUGGUUUUUGUCCCACAACAGCGUCAACAUUCAUCAAACUGGAUGUACAGAUGCUUUACUGAGGGGUAAGAGGGUGGUUUCUGAUUAUCUGGUUUUCUGAUUUGUCUAUGUUCCAAAAGGUCAAUUUGCCCAUUCAGGUGUUAGGCUGCUAGGGAUGGGGACUGUGUCUUGUGGGUGUAGCAGCUGCAGGGAGAUGUAAAGGCUGAACAUAGAGUAGCAGAAAUUGUGGUGAGCUGGAGGGUAUACGAGGUUAAGGUGGUUUUGAGGAGAAAGCAGAAAGCUGGACUUCAAGAGCAGGGUGGUUGUCCAAUUUUCUGAUCUAUGAAAGAGAAAAAUGUGUAAUUAAAGCUCGUAAGUAUUUAAAUAAACUUCACUCAGCAUCACAGACUCUCAGAAUAUGAUAAGUAAACUUUAAAACACUGUGUGUCAGUACUGCCCAAGCAGUCUGUUUCCACGGGAACCACAGAUGUUGACCCAAGUGCCAAACAAUGCUUCCUCACUAAUACUAUGCCAGAAGUUGCUGCAUAGGCACCUCUGCACUGGGGGGCAUUUUAGCACCAAAGCUUGGCCUUCUCCAGUCUCUCUGUAGUCUCACUCCCCUGCAUUAUAGAUCUUCCACCAGUCAGAGGGUCCAUUUCUAUCACAAAGCUAUAAAAUAAAUAAUAUGUAAGAUCAUUUACAAAUUCAUGUGGGAGUUUAAAUAAAUACUAGCAGUUACAUCAAAAGUACGUUGUUUCCUAAAGCAGGUCCUGUAUGUGUCUGAACUUACUGCAGAUGCUUUCUGACCUGCUAUUCAAAGGGCUUCAGCAUGUGAUUUUUUGAUGGACUUAAGCAGAUGUAAAUAUUGUCUGCUAUCGGAAGAUGAGAUCUCCUUGCUCUUUUUGGUAUUUAUAAUCUUAUCUGAUUAUUUAGUUUUCAGCCUCCCAGGUGGCUCCUGUGGUCUGUCUCCUGGGCAGGGAGCUCUACUAGUAGAAAGGAGGCAGCAGGAAUAUAUGAGUAGAAGGGCAAGAGGGCAGCCUUAGGGUGAUACUUCAUGAAGUCUUACUUUGAGACCUUUGUCUUCUCACUUAAAUGAGUAAUUUACAUAAAGACUAUUGAUUGCAAAUUUUUAAAGGUUGAUUGUGUUUAUUCAUUGUAGAAAUUGUUGAAUAAUGCUGUGUUUUGUAAAAAACAUCCAAUGUUUAUUAGCAGAGCAAAAAACCAUGGUUCAAGUCAGUUCAAAGUUUAUUUCCUUUUCUUUCCUGUCAUCCUAAUUCGCAAAAGAAGGUGCAGCAAGUAAAAAAGUUAAUGAAGCAUAAAACCUGAUGUCUUUUGAAUUGAAUUUUAAGAUUACACUGCUUUAAACUAUAUGUGCCUUAAGAAAUCUCAACUCAACUCAUAAUGAUAUCAGUAAGGAAAAGAGGUAAUUUUUAAAUGGAUGAAUGGUGCCAGAUAUAUUUGCUUUAGCUCAUAGAUUAGACCCAAAUAGCUUAGUGUUAUCUCUGAAGACACAGCAUCAGGGAUGACUUAUUACACUGUUUUGAUUCUUUAAUCAAGUCAACAACAAUAAAAUGCUUGAUGUCUUUCUACUGCUGUGCUAAGGUGGUGUAUAGAUAAGUGGAAUUUCCUGGCAAAUGUGUCAUCUUGGGAAGCAGCUGACAAGGAAUGACUUGUCACAAAAUAGGCUCCAUGGGAGAGCAUUUUUUUUUUACAGGUUAGCUGAUAAACUACAGUUUACAGUUUAGCAGAUAAAUCAGACUGCACAAAUUUGGCUGCCUGCUGUGGUUGCCUAUUUGGUUCAACUAUACAUUUCUCAGAGAAAGCCUUGAGAAUACAAGCCCAGUCAUCAAAAAACUAU